CAGAAGACUUGAAUUCAACAAAAGCCGUUUUUGGUGGUAUAGCCAUUGGCGUAUUACUAACCGUAAUAAUAGUACUUAUGAUAAAGAAGAAAACGAUUUGGAAACAUUUUGAUAGAAAAGGGAAGGUGAACGGUGCUACAAAUACUUUAUACAGAGUCGGUUCCGUGGCUAAUGAACUACCUGGUGGAGAGACAAAAAUAUACAAUUCAAUAGACGAAUAUGAAUAUGCAGAACCCUUAAACAAUACAGAAGUACCAGGAGAAGAGCAGAGGCCAGGUUUAGGAAAGAAGCCAUAUAGUCAUCUCUUUGAAAAUGAACAGAACACUUGUGAAAACUACAAUGAAUAUGAAUUUUCCAGUGAUGAUAAUUAUAAGAACCUAAAAAGAUUAAGUGUAAAUUCUGUUAAAAAUAUCGAAACUGAAGAGUAUUUCACUUUGGAGAAAAAAUAGAUGGGGAAAUUGAUGUUCCUUUAGCAUUUGUAUAUAAUAGCACAUUAUGAAAAAUAAAUUGCACUAUUGUUUAUUUUAAAGCGAUAGUAUGGCUGCAAA